GUGAGUGAGCGAGCAAGCUUAAUUUAUUGUCACGUGUACUGAGGUACAGUGAAAAGCUUUUGUUGUGUGCUAACCAGUCAGUGGAAAGACUAUACAUGAUUGCAAUCGAACCAUCUACAGUGUACAUGAUAGUGGGAAUAACAUUUAGUGCAAGAUAAAGUCCAGCAACAUCUGAUUAAAGAUAGGUCGAGGAUCUCCAAUUAGGCAGUUAGUAGCUUUGGACCGCUCGCUAUUUGUUGAUAGAAUAGUUCAGUUGCCUGAUAAGCCAUGAGAAUCAUAGGGAUAGUUAAAAUUUCUUGGGAAAACUUGGAAAAUAAGGAUAAUGCUUCCAUCUUAAAAAUAACACGGGCUGUCACCUUUCAAGAAUGUGUAAAACAAAAGAGUAAUUAUUUAGUAGUGACUGCAGUGGAAUGUCAUAUCCAGAAAAAUCUGGAUGUAAUGCUUUUAUUCUGUCUGCUUCAGUCAGGGUUCACCCCAUUACACCUGGCAGCACAGUCUGGCCAUGAAAACCUAGUCCGUCUUCUGCUUAACUACCCUGGGGUUCAGGUGGAUACUCAGACCAGCUUGCAGGGAGCGACCCCUCUUCACCUCGCUUCUCAGAAUGGCCACACUGCAGUCGUCGGGCUCCUACUGAGUAAAUCCACCUCCCAGCUGCACAUGAAGGAUAACCAUGGGCGCACCUGCCUUCACCUGGCAGCUGCCAAUGGACACAUCGAGAUGGCACGGGCUCUCCUCGGUCAAGGAGCUGAGAUCAAUGUCAUUGAUAAGAAUGGUUGGACUCCGUUGCAUUUUGCUGCAAAGUCUGGCUACCUGGAUACAGUACAGUUCCUGGUGGAAAGCGGAGCUUCUCCCAAGUUGGAAUGCAAGGAAGGAAAGGCUCCCAUUCAGUACGCAGCAGCCGACCGCCACCAAGAGGUGGUGAGCUUCUUAAUCCGCACGAAUAACAUAACCCUGAAACUAACGGAGGACCGCAAGUUCAUCUUUGACCUCAUGGUUUGUGGAAAGCUUAAUCGGAACAAGGUAAUUGAGGAGUUUGUCCUGCACUCGGCCGCCCCCAUGGACACUGCCAUCAAACUCUCCCGUGCAUUUGGCAUCACGGCUCUGAAGGAAAAGGAGAGGUCCAAGGAGUUGCUGGAAGCCGCCAAGUAUUGCGAGAACAUGGCAAGCGAGCUGCUUACGGUGGCAUCCGGUUGCAGGAGUGCUGGGUACCUGCUCCGAGCUGUGGACCAUCGGGGCACCACCAUGCUGGACUCCUUAAUAGAAUGCGAGCAGAAGGAAGUGGUGGCCCACCCAGCCGUGCAGAAGUACCUGACCGACGUCUGGUAUGGGAACUUGAAGUGGGCCCACUGGAAAAUAGUCCUUUUGUUUUUUACCUUCCUAGUCUGUCCUCCCAUUUGGCUGCUCUUCUCCCUCCCAUUUAAGCACCAGCUCAACAGGAUCCCAAUAAUGAAGUUCAUGAGCCAUUUGGUUUCUCAUAUCUUCCUGCUGGUGUUGUUUGUGUUAACCAUCGUCUAUCCCCCGCUCAGCCCAAUAUACGAAGGUCGGAUGCUUCCCUGUUGGAAUGAAUGGCUGCUGCUGGCUUGGCUUUCAGGAAUGCUGGUCUCGGAGCUGACCCACCCAGGGGAGCGGGCAGGAUUGGCGUGGAUUCGAGUAUUCAUCCUGGGAUUUUCAGCCGUCGCAGUCUUCUGUCACCUCCUUGCAUUUGCUUUCCGGGACCACGAGCGGCUGCACUGCUUCUUUGCUCGAAAUAUCUUCCUUGCAGUGGCCAUGACCCUCUGCUUUGUGCAGUUUUUGGAGUUUCUCACCUUCCACCACCUCUUCGGCCCCUGGGCCAUCAUUAUCCGAGACCUGAUGAAGGACCUGGCCAGAUUUGCAAUCAUUCUUGCCCUGUUUCACGUCGCCUUCACCAUGCAGCUUGCAGCAGUUUACCAACCUGUGUACCCUGUUCCACCGUUCAACCCAUCCGCUGGCAAUAGAUCGGAUUCUGAACAGGUACUUUAUGACAUUCAAGACCCACUGGAUAUUACCGUCCUACUUUUCUUUGCUCUCUUCGGUAUGGUGGAUCCUGACUCCUUGCCCGCAUUGUAUCGGACACCCAUAUUUACCCAGUUCAUUGUCAAGUUUGUAUUUGGAAUGUACCUUGUCAUGACACUGAUUGUCCUGAUCAACUUGCUGAUUGCCAUGAUGAGUGACACCUACCAGCGAAUCCAGGCUCAGUCAGACACUGAGUGGAAGUUUGGGAGGGCUAUGUUAAUCCGCGACAUGAUCAGGAAAUCUGGGACUCCAUCUCCAUUCAAUCUAUGCACCCAUCUUUUCUACUACAUCAAAAUGCUGUGCAAACAUAGGGGUAAACUUUGCUCUACGGAGGGCCGUGAACUAAUGAAUGAAGGAGAUAACCUUGACACCAUAUCAGAUACCCGCUCCAUUGACAUGUUGGCACAUACGUCUGUUGGCUGGAUACGAAACACCUCAAAGAGGGCAACGCAAAUCUCCCCUGAAGCUGGGUUCUUACGAGGCAUACGGCAGAAUGGUCCAGUUCAGAUUGAAGAAGUUGUAGACUGGCAUAACGUGGCAUUCCGUUAUCUAACAAUGAAAGGCCAAACUGAUGGACUGGUGUUGAUACAACUGCAAUAUGACGGAAGACCAAAGGUCUGCAACUGUGAUUUUGGCAUCAACCAUCAAACUUGACUUGCCAAAUCCCAAUAACAUCAACAUCAUGAGGUGCUGCCUAGAUUGAUUAUAAUACUGCUUGACUGUGUGUCUGAAGAUACAGCUUUCAAGGUCACCAAACAUUGUAUAGGACAUCAAGUAAUGUUGAUCAGUGGAACAGUGUCAAUGUGACCAUUGAUGAUAUGUAGUAAAGUGUGUUUAUUUUUGUAUUCAAUAAGGGAUUAUAUUUAAAGGAUAUCGUAUAUGAGUGUAAUUGCUUAGCAGUUCCAGUUUUAUUUGUUGAGACAGGCAUAAUGGCAGCAAGUGGCUCUUACCAAUGAGCACAAUUUUAUUUCCAUCAAGCACUUAAGUCAAGCUUCUUGGCAAUUUUAUUGAAGCAAUGUACCUAUAUACUGUAGCAGACGUUCCUGUGAGAAAUGUAUCAACAAAAAAAAAGAAAACUGAUGGGCUGGAGUUAAAUAUAAAGCAUUGAUGGCCAAAAGGGCCCUGGUGAGACCACAUCAGGAGUAUUGUGUGCAGUUUUGGUCUCCUAAUUUGAGAAAGUACAUCUUUGCUAUUGAGGCAGUGCCACGCACGUUCACGAGGUUAAUCCCUGGGAUGGCGGGACUGUCAUAUGAGGAAAGAUUGGAAAGGCUGGGCUUGUAUUCAGCCGUUGGGUCCCGUCUCCUCAACGCGCGGUUGCAGAGGGGGCUGCCUGCGGCGUCACACACAUACUAACCACCCCCCACACACACACACCAAACACCCCCCUUGAUAUUAUAUUAAUAUUAUUCAUUCGCUCCUUUUACCCCAUCCCCGCCCUAUUCACGCACGCAUA